UUCCCCGUCCUUGGUCCCACCCCGCUCGUAUUUCAAAUCACGCCUCGGCGGCUGUUCUCUUCCCUUCAUCUCUACACCCACACCACUCGCCGGCAUCCUCAUGGCGGAGAAUUUACCUCCUCACGUCUCCGACGGCCAACAAUGGCUUCCGUCCGCCUUUAACAGGGAUCGCCUCGCGGCCAUGGACGACCUCGCUCAAAAGCUCGCAUCUUUCGACCUCCUCGACCACCGCAUCGCCUCCAUGGACGACCUCUCGCAAAAGCUUGCAUCUUUCAACAUCCUCGAUCACCAGCGAGCACAUCCGACCGUUAAACCCUUAAAAGGUUUACCUUUUUACCCGGAGUUUCAGGGACAGGGAAAGCCAACCUCUUUGUUAUCACCAAUGAACGCCGGUUUUAAACCUCCUUUCCGGCGAAGAGUCGCCGGCGGCGGCGGCGGAGUCGUCGGUGAACGCAUCGGUCCUUUUGUUGCUGUUUCAAAAAACGUUUAUAAGUAUUAUCCGUCAUUACCGGUCGAUUUCUAUCUUGAAAGGUUUAAGAUGGCGAGUGCUGCUGCUAGGGUUUUGCAGAGGCAACGGAUGGUGCAUGACCAUGAAUCCAACCGACUUUUACCCAUCCGGUCUGCCGGCACGGUUCGGAAAAGUAGCGGGACCGGUGUUUUUCUCCCCCGAGUUCACAGAAUCGACUCCAAGAAGAAAUUUUCUGGUUCGAAAGGAAAAGUUCAGAUCCAGGAAUCAACGAGGAAUCCAGCGUUGGGGGAACAAGAGGCGAAGCUGCUUCCUUCAUCAGACAUGGGUUUGCCUCAAGAUUGGACUUACUGAAAUACACUAAAUGCUUAUAAUAUCUGUUUCAAUAAUUUGAAGCUGCGCAGAGAAAGAUGGGCGCCAAAGAAGGUGUUUUUGGGAGAAUGAUUUUAAUGGAGAAGUGCCUACAAUGUGUUUUUGGAGUAAUAGAGGACAAUUAUCUGACAAAAAUUUGAAUUUUGUAAUAUGUUCCUUUGUACUGGUUUUGUUGCCAUUUUGUCGUGGUGUGGGAGCUGGUUUGUAUGUUUUGAUAAUAUGGAAUAAUAUGAAUAAGAAGGUUUGAUGUCUUU